UCUGAGAUGUUUGGGAAAUUGAACAGAUUUCAUAUCUAUCUUCAAUGUAAAAUAUUAAUGGCUCCUUAAACAGACCAGUACCAUCCUUUUGUGGAAUACAUCAACUGAGACUACUGGUGGCAGGAGCUGGGUGAGUGGAGAACAGAGAAGAAUGAUAUUGAUCUCAGGUGCCCUGCAGGGGAUCACCAGUAAAUUGGCACUGGAUCUACCCCUUUAGGGCUCUUCCAUGACCGAGUGAUAAGAAUUAUGAUUUUUUUCAGUCAUAUAAACUUUCUGCCAUAGGUAAAAAAGUGAAAUUUUGUCCUGAAAUAUCAAUUCAAAAACAUUCAGAUACAGUGGGGAAGCAAGGUCAUCAGAAGUCUUUCUCAGCUUUGGGGCUCUGCUUUCCCCUAUGCUUUAUUCGUGAAUAAGCUCGCUCCUUUUGGUGGCAAGAUGGCUCCCCAAGGUCCCCGAGGAAGACACUGCCACUUUCCUGAGAGCCUUAGACUUGCAGAAUGGAGCCUUGGGCCUAAGAAGAGGCCCUAGGCAGGAGGACACUGAAUUGGAGACCAGACUGGUCUACAGCAAAUUUAGAUAGUGUCAUGGACCAACUUCCUGAUGGACCGAUAUUUAUUGCCAUGUGUUUUCUAGUGAGAGUAAUAGAUGCCAUAGGCUUCGGAGCAUCAAUAACUGCGUCAUCUUCAAUCCUCACGAAGGCUUUUCCAAAUAACGUGGCAACAGUGCUGGGAAGUCUUGAGGUUUUCAGUGGACUGGGGCUGGUAGUAGGUCCUCCUCUAGGUGGCUUCUUAUAUCAAUCCUUUGGCUAUGAGAUUCCCUUUAUUUCACUGGGAUGCAUAGUUCUGCUAAUGAUUCCUCUUAACAUGUGCAUCUUACCCAGUUACGACUCUGAUCCAAGUGAACACUCAUUCUGGAAACUUGUCACCUUACCCAAGGUUGGCCUUGUAGCCUUCGUCCUCAUCUCUCUGAGCUCAUGCUUUGGCUUCCUUGACCCUAUUCUGUCUCUUUUUGUCUUGGGCAAGUUUAAUUUGCCAGCUGGAUACGUGGGCCUGGUCUUCUUAGGCCUGGCGCUGUCCUACACCGUGUCCUCGCCACUCUUUGGACUACUGAGUGACAAAAUGCCGCAUCUAAGGAAGUGGCUUCUGGUUUUUGGCAACUUAAUCACCGCUGUGUGUUUCCUGCUCUUAGGACCUGCCCCGGUCCUGCACAUUAAAAGUCAGCUGUGGCUGCUAGUGCUGAUCUUAGUGGUCAAUGGCAUCUCGGCCGGGAUGAGUAUAAUCCCCACCUUCCCAGAGGUUCUCAGCUGCGCAUAUGAAAACGGAUUUGAAGAGGGACUAAGUACAAUGGGGCUUGUGUCCGGUCUCACAAGUGCCAUGUGGUCAGUUGGUGCUUUUAUCGGACCAAUGCUGGGUGGAUUUCUGUACGAGAAACUUGGUUUUGAGUGGGCGGCAGCAAUCCAAGGCUUGUGGCCACUGAUUAGUGGAUUAGCGAUGGGCUUGUUCUACCUCCUGGAAGACUCCAGAAAAAGAUCUAAACCUCCAAACACCAUGGGCAGCGCGGAGGAACAAGCUGCCCUGUUGCCGGGUGAAGUUUAGCCUUGCGAGCUCUGACUGAUCCAAGGCCAGGAGAUGGAUGCUUCUGGCUCUGUGCGUCACUGCUGGAAGCAUUUCCUUGUGUUGCACACAGAACUCUGUGGACUUCACACUCUCAUGCUGGAAGCAUCAACAUAAUUUUGGAUGCUCGUGUAGCAGACCUCACUUUUGCCCUGCAAAGCAGGGGUCCUGAACCAAUCAACAUUUAAUAUGGCAGAGAGAGUUGAAAAGCAGUAAAAGUUUGUGGGUGUUUUGUUUUGUUUUGUUUUGGUUUGGUUUUGAUUUUUGAGGCAGAGUCUUGCUUUGUAAUUCAGGCUGGCCUUGAACUCACGGUGAUUCUCCUGCCUCAGCCUCCCAAGUGCUACCACGCCUGGCAAAGUUUGUGUUUUUAAGUGACAAAACUUCUUGAAGAUGUCGCUGACUGUUUCUAGGCUUCUUAUUACCUCUGUUUACCGUUUAUUGUAAGGUCACUGAUUUCAUGAAUACACUUUUUAUUAACAAGGGAAAAAUAAAUCGAUGUGUUGUAUACCAGCAACAUAAAGAUGACUCAAAGUCUGUAAUUAAAAUUUGCUUUGAGAGAUAUGCUUUCUCUUGUGGGCUGAGAUUUCUGUCCUUGUUAAAGGCAGAAUUCCUUCAGUUUUUCUAAAAAAAUUUUUAUGUGUGAAAAUAUGAGAAAUAAAAAUACAAGUACCA